AUGGUUCCCCACGUGUGCGAGUGCAUACAAGUGCUGCGCAGGCACUACCCCGGCCGGCUCGGCGUCGCCUGCCUCUACAACACCCCCUCGUACUGGUACCCGUUCUGGAAAGCCCAAGUGCCGGGCGCGGCGGAGGUGGCAGACGCGGCAGGGGAGUAG